CCGCGCGCCGCGCCCGCACGUCCCGGCAACGCAAACCAGUGAAGUGAUAGUGACAGUGCUACAUACAGCCUUCCAUUUUCAAAUUUCCCAAAUAUGCAAACACGCGAGGUGGUCACAAAUUUUCAUGCCGGUGUUUAAAAGUGGCGAUACCCGCGGCUAAACCAAAAUAAUGCGCGAAUUAUGAUACCAAGACUUUAAAAAAUAAACAUUUUAUUUUCUCAUUUAAUAAGUGUCAAAUUGUAUAUAAAAUUGUAUAUAUUUAAAUGUUUUUUGAUAUGAUAAAUAUUGUGCUUCUUAUUUAGUGUCGAAUUUAGUUAGACUAAAUUUUAAUAUUCGAAUUAAAAUAUAUUAUUACAAAAAUAUAUAAUCAAGAAUCUAGUGUGUGUGGAAAAUUUCUAUAAUAAAAAGAGUGUCGUAAAAAUAAUUAAUAAAAAAUGACGGUGUGCCAUUAAAAUUUUACCGCGAAAGCUUCCGUUUUCAAAUAAUAAAUUAUAUAUUGUGUAUAGAAGUUAUUUUCGAGUAAGAUGUCGUCGAGAACAGGGCAGCGUGGUACCUCAGUGGCUACCAGCCAGAGGAAGCAUCGCUCCAGGUCUACCACCAGGUAUGACUUGGAGAAGAAGCCAAAGAAGAAGGACCUGCGGACCACGGGCACCACAAGUCUGGUGUCCAUACCUAAUAGCAUCAAGCUCACUAUGCUUAACAGCGGCCUCAUUUCUUUUGACCGAGUGACCUUUAAACCGGAAACGGACGAGAACGGGUCGAUAUCGGAGACCAUACCGGACCGCCCCGUCGAGCUCAAGAACUUCCCCAAGUUGUGUGAGCAGCGACGCAAGUUUCCCGUCUUAUACAAACUUGAAUUCCAGACUGCAGUGAAAGUGGAGACACAUUCGUGUCGACACGCAACAAAGAAGACCAACCUACACAAAAACCAGAACCAGAAAGUUAUACCUUACGACUACAACAGAGUGGUGCUAGAAACUAUAGACCGGGAACCUGACUCCGAUUACAUUAAUGCUUCCUAUAUAGAUAGUAUAUUAAAGCCAAACGCGUACAUAGUGACGCAGGGCCCGACCGAGGACACCGUGGUCAACUUCUGGCGGAUGGUAUGGCAGGAGCGCGCCGCUGCCAUCGUCAUGCUCACCAAGACCUUCGACUUCAUCAAGGUGAUGUGCGUACAGUACUGGCCCCCAAACAAGGACAAGGACGAGACCUACGGAGACAUCAGCGUCGGCAUCGUGCAGGAAGAGGAGCUGGCCAACUUCCACAUACGUACCUUCCGCCUGUACAAGAGCGAGAAAGAUGUGGUGGUAGAAGAGAGGUUCAUCCUGCAGUUCCACUACACGCAGUGGCACUCGCACACGUGUCCGUUCAGCAACGCUCUGCUAGAGUUCAGGCGACGCGUGCGCGCCGUGGUCGGCAGGCGGUUAGCGACGAACCCAGCCGCUGGGCCUAUGAUCGUGCAUUGCAAUGACGGAGGCGGCCGAUCAGGAGUAUACCUAGCUAUCGACGCAAACCUCGAGUUGGCUGAAGAAGAAGACUGUUUUGACGUGUUUGGGUUUUUGAAGAAGCUCAGACAAUCCAGAAAAGGCCUUAUAGAAAACGAGGAACAAUACAAAUUCGUCUACGACACAUUAGAAGAGCACGUGGUAUGCGGAGUGUCGUGGUUCCCAGUAUCAGAGUUAUCCCAAAGACUGAAGCAGAAAUCACAGAGGGACCCAGUGACAAAGCUAAAUGAGUACCAGAAGGAGUACCAGCAGAUCUGCAAGCAGACGCCCCGGUUCACUAUAGGCGACUGCGCUGGAGGUCACAGAGGUGACAAUCGGGAGAAAAACCGGGAUGUUUUGGUUGUUCCUCCUGACAACUUCCGGCCAUACUUAACAUCCUUCCAAGGAAACAGUUUCACUGACUAUAUCAACGCUGUGUUCGUAGAUGGUUAUACCAAACCUCGGGAGUACAUAGUGACGGAAUGGCCGUUAGUCAGGACUCAAGGAGAAUUCUGGUCUUUAGUCUAUGAUUAUGAGUGUGCAGCUGUCGUCGUUUUAUGUGUUCCACCUAAAAACUCACAACAAUUUCCACCGUUCUGGCCUGAAGGUCGGCAUUCUAAGAAAUACGGUCCAGUGUUCACAAUCGACCAUGUUUCUCACAACCACUAUACCAAUAUCAAGACCUGGAUAUUUAGAAUCAACAAAAAGAUUGUGUCACUAACGGAGCUGAUGGCAGGAGUCAAAGCGCCUCCGAAGACGGUUCAGCUGUUCCAACUGACAUGCUGGCCGAUGGGUCAUAAAGUGCCAUCAUCCACCAACUCCUUGGUGGAGCUCAUGAACAUGGUCGAACGAUGGCGGCAGCGCACGGACUAUGGACCCGUUUGCGUCGUUUCACCGGAUGGGCGCAGCCGUGCCGGCGUGUACUGCGCAGCGAAUGCGUGCAUCGAGCAGGUGAUACAGCAUGGAGAGGUCGACGUCUUCCAGGCUGUCAAGACCGUGCGCCGGCACCGGCCGCAACUCGUCGAGAAUAUGACCGAAUACAAGUACUGCUACGAUCUUGUGCUCCACUACGUGCUGCACUAUUUGAAUAAAGACAUGAAUGAAAAGAAGUGAGAGUGCGAACUCAAGGACGAGCUCUGGUUCAUCGAGUUCGGUCGCGGCGCGGCGCUGCCCACCACGCCGGAGGAGA